ACGUUGGCUAUCAUACUUGUUUCCUGAGUUCUAGUUUCUAGGGGGACAGAUUUCAAAGUCACACCACCGGACUGUCAUAAAGCAAGCAGCAGGAUGGUCCUCUUUGCACUGAGGCAACAGGUCCUGAGGUGCAGCAGUCACUGCAGAACCUGGGCCAGGCUGCCGCAGAGACAGAGGAGUGGCUGUGUUUACUCCAGCAUCCACGGCUUCAACCAGGGUGAGAUCAAAGAGAAGCUGCAGGCCUUUCAUGGAGGCUCCAUUGAUCUGCUGAAACAGGACUCUGGCAUUGCGGUGCUGACCAUCAACAACCCAUCUCGCAUGAAUGCUUUCUCUGGCAGUAUGAUGGUAGAUCUGGAGGAAAGGGUGAGCCAGCUGGAGAACUGGCCAGAGGGCAAAGGCCUCAUAGUUCAGGGUGCAGCUGAAACGUUCUGCUCUGGGUCGGACCUUAAUGCUGUCCGAGCAAUAUCUAACCAACAGGACGGGAUGAAGAUGUGUAUGUUCAUGCAGAAUAGUCUUACGAGGCUGCUCAGGCUCCCCCUGAUCUCUGUUGCUCUGGUGGAAGGGAGAGCAUUGGGAGGAGGCGCAGAACUCACGACUGCCUGCGAUUUCAGAUUAAUGGCAGCAGGCAGCGUGAUCCAGUUUGUCCAUAAACACAUGGGUCUGGUCCCAGGCUGGGGCGGUGCUGCCCGACUUGUCCACUUGGUCGGAAGCCAGAACGCACUGAAGCUGCUUGGCGGGGCUGUAAAAGUGGAUCCCGAGCUUGGCGUGAACAUUGGACUGGUGGAUGGAGUCCUGGAAGGCCAUCAGAAUGCAGAAGGUGCUGCCCCUCUCCUGCAGCAGGCUGAAAACUGGCUCAGUCGAUACACAAAGGGACCUGCCCCAGUGAUCCAAGCUGUGAAGAAGGUGGUGCUGUCAGGCAGAGAGCUUCCUUUGUCUGAAGCUCUGAGGACUGAGAAGGACAUAUUUGGGACGGUGUGGGGCGCUCCGGCUAACCUGGAGGCCCUGGCGAGCAAGUCCAAACACAAAUGACUUUUGUGGAAACUAAUUUUAGGGGACUGAAGACUAUUAUAUUAUAUUAGUUUUUGACUGGGGACUACUAGGCGCAUCUGUGCAAAUGCAGUGAUAGUGAGAGAUGAGUCAUUGCACAGUGCUGUGGUUGUGAAUUUUGUUGCAUCUCUGUGACUUUAUGCCUACAAGUUUAGAUGUUAAGAAGCAAAAUAACCCACUGAAGCUUCCUUUCUUUAAUGUUGCAUACAGAACUUCCAGGUAAUGUAAAUAAAUAAAAAUCUGGAUUAUG